CAGCUUGAUACUCGGAGGUCCUGCCAGUUGUAGGCGCUUUUCCAAGCGAGCUGCAAAACACAAAUCGAUUGUUUAUUUUGUGUUUGUUUACAUUUUGCAUGCGAACAAAUGGCUUCGACUUUGCUGUCGCCUAUGGUGGAUUAUUAUAACGAUGAAGAAGAACUUGAUAGCGUGGAGGACGACGAUGACCGGAGUUUCAGGGGAAGAGACUCGGAAGAAGACACGGAAGAUGCCAGUGAAACAGACCUUGCCAAACACGACGAGGAUGACUAUGUCGAAAUCAAAGAGCAAAUGUACCAAGACAAACUGGCCUCUCUGAAAAGGCAGUUGCAGCAAUUACAAGAAGGUACAUUGCAGGAGUAUCAGAAGAGGAUGAAAAAGCUGGACCAGCAGUACAAAGAGAGACUCCGAAAUGCAGAUCUCUUUCUCCAGCUUGAGACAGAGCAGGUGGAGAGGAACUACAUCAAGGAGAAGAAAGCAGCGGUGAAGGAGUUUGACGAUAAAAAAGUGGAACUGAAGGAAAACCUAAUUGCAGAGUUGGAGGAGAAGAAGAAGAUGAUCGAGAAUGAAAAAUUAACAAUGGAGCUGACGGGAGACUCAAUGGAGGUAAAACCUAUAAUGACUCGGAAGCUGAGGAGACGGCCCAAUGACCCGGUCCCAAUACCAGACAAACGGAGAAAACCUGCACCAGAUAUCCUUUUAAAUACACUAAAUUAUUUGUUAACAGAUGAUCAGAUAAUGGAAGAUCUAAGAACACUUAAUAAGCUUAAGUCACCAAAAAGGCCAGUGUCUCCCACGACUCCAGAGCACGUCCCCUCCGCCCCCAUGGAGAGCCCCUCCCAGCGGUACGAGGCUCGCAUCGAGGAGGGGAAACUCUACUACGACAAAAGAUGGUACCACAAGAGCCAGGCCAUCUACCUGGAGUCAAAGGACAACACAAAGAUUAGCUGUGUCAUCAGCUCAGUGGGGACCAACGAGAUAUGGGUGAGGAAGACGAGCGACAGUACAAAGAUGAGGAUCUACCUGGGUCAGCUGCAGAGGGGAGCGUUUAUCAUACGCCGACGGUCGGCUGCAUGAAACAUCGCCCCGCCUCUCCCCAUCUGUCCAUCCAUCCAUCCGCCCGCCUUCCUUAAUGGUGCAUCUCAGUUUGACUUAUUCUUCAUCAUAGACACUACCCCCUUAUGACACAAACAUACACACACACAGUCUUCUGUGAUCAAGAACAAUUGCAUCUGUUUCCUACAACCAAAUGACAGUACAGUUAAAGUUGUCAUAACUGACUGCUUUCCAGCAUUAUUUGUCACUAUGUGGCAUGUGUGUGAAGUGGUCAUAACAGAGCCUGCUUUAUUUCUGUCUCAUGCUGUCAAUACAAAUGUUUUUUUAAAACACACAUUGUCAUUUACCUUUUAUAUAUAAGUUAUUUUUCCAUAUGUUGUUGGUCAAGUGGCCCCGCAGAAACUGUCUCCAAGCUUUUAAAACUCUCUAAUGUGACCCUACACCAGGAGUCAUGCCAUUUACAAAAGAAUAUGUCUUUUGCACUGUCAUAAAAAAAAACGCAUCUUGCUAUGCUGAUGUUUUUUUCCCUAAUAACUUGUUCAAAAGCCCAAUGUAUUAAAACCCCAAAUUUCAUAUUUGAAAAUGUAUUUUAAGGAUAUUCUGUUAUUUCUUUGCCAUUGUAUGCGAUCUCCAUAUGUGAACCAUCUGGAAAAGUUCAGCUGUAUUUGCAUGUGGACCGCUACGUUGACUGCUGAUUUCUACUGUGUUUCAUUGUAUUAAAAUGUUUUCUGCAUUUUAUUAAUUUGA